CUUGCACACGAUGAAGAAUCUUUCACCAGUGCAUAUAUUCAUCUUUGCAUACCGAAGCUUAUCUCAUUGUUCAUCCGUCUGGAGCUGAUUGAUUGGGAUCCGAUUGAAAGUGACGAUCGUCCGGUGCAUACGAUGCGUUGGUACGAAGAUUUGAUAGGUUGUGCGGCGACAAGUUCCAAUAUCAACACGGAACAUCCAGUCAUUGUCUCGCUUGUACCACUGUGCAUUGAGAAGGUUGUUUUGUGGAAAAUUACAGACCUAGUUCGCGAACGCUGGGAUCCGCUUUCACAACGUCACUGCCGCAAUUUGGCAUUGCUAUUGAACCAGUUGAUUGAUGAAUGCCCAACAUUGAUGGUGAGUAGUAGACCGGUGCAAAAACUUCUCCAGACGAUCUGUCAGCGAGCUCAGGAAGCCAUCGACGAGGAUUUAUUUGUUCCACUCUAUUCAAAACAGUAUGUUUUUUUUUUAAGAGGCUCGAUUUACCUAGAUUUUUCGUACUAA